AUGUGUUCAUCACUAGUGAUGGCUAAGUGUUUGUCGCAUCCGUUGAACAAAACCAUCAAAGUGUUGAUACCUCGACUCAAAUUAGACACUUUCCUCAAUAUGUACUUCAGAGACACGGAACAGAUUCUGGCCGACGAUCACAACCACGACUGCAAAGCCGGCGAUUGGCUUUUGGUCAGAAAACUGGAUCAACCGCUCAGUCUUCGGGUCAACCAUAGGGUGGAGAAAGUGGUCUACAGAGCCGGUCAUAUCGUGGAUCCGUUGAGUGGCAAACGCUCUCUCGGCUAU